CAAAUCUGGACCGUACGUUUUCCCCUACCUUCUCCUCCUCAGGGGCAUAACCGGAAGAAGAAAUGAAUAUGAAAAUAAAAUUGCAUUAUUUUUAGACUAGGAAGAAAAAGCGAAAACGAACAGGCAAAUACCAUUGCACUUUCCGAUUUUCCAAUCUUCGUCUCUCUUUCUUAUUAUUAUAAAACUUUAAAAACCAAUUAUUUAAGAAAGAGAAAGGAUUUUUUUCAGUGAGAGUAUUAGAGAGAGAAAGAGCAAGGGAGUGUGUGAGAAAGAGAUAUGUCGGGAGGAAUAGCGCGUGGUCGACUAGCCGAGGAACGGAAGGCAUGGAGGAGAAACCAUCCUCAUGGUUUUGUUGCGAAACCAGAGACGUUACCUGAUGGAACGGUGAAUUUGAUGGUGUGGCAUUGCACCAUCCCUGGUAAAGCUGGGACUGAUUGGGAGGGUGGUUACUUUCCACUUACACUCCACUUCAGUGAAGAUUAUCCGAGCAAGCCUCCAAAGUGUAAAUUUCCACAAGGUUUUUUCCACCCAAAUGUUUACCCAUCUGGUACUGUCUGCCUUUCAAUCCUAAAUGAGGAUAGUGGUUGGAGACCUGCCAUAACUGUUAAGCAGAUUCUCGUGGGAAUCCAGGAUUUGCUGGAUGAACCAAAUCCUGCUGAUCCUGCACAAACUGAAGGGUAUCACCUCUUCAUACAGGAUGCUAAUGAAUAUAAGAGAAGGGUUCGCCAGCAAGCGAAGCAGUACCCAGCUCUGAUCUAGUGUUAUUAAAUACUAGAUUUUUGCUGGUAAACAUGUCAGCUGGCUACCUCGUGUAUAACGCUAGCUAGACUUUGGUUUUACUGGAGAAAAUGCCUUUGGUAUUUGGUAAUUAUCAGUUACCUUUUUGUGUAAACUGUGUAUGAUUAUGAAACAGCAUUUGAACUCAUGAGAUUUGGAUAUAUGUUUGUUUAUUAUAUACGCUAGUAGACUUUGUAGCUUGAAAGUGAAAGUUGCUUCCAUACACAGAUUUUGUGUUGGUUUUAGGUCUCCACCAUGGACCAAAGACAAAUAUCAAUAAUAUACUAGUUGUGUUAUGGUUUGGAUAA